AUGUCUGAUAUAGAAAUAGAUAAUGCUUCAUUAGAGCAAUUAAGAGACGUUCUAACCAACAAAUCAAAAACCGUAUCGUUAGCUCAUAGAUUCAGAGCUUUAUUCAAUUUAAAAUCAAUAGGGAAAGAAGAUGAGGAUAGAGCAAGAGCUCAUAAAGCAAUACAGUACAUUGCUGAAUGUUUUAGUGAUGAUUCAGAAUUAUUAAAGCAUGAAGUAGCUUAUGUAUUAGGUCAAACUAAAGAUCUAUUCGCAGCUCCGUAUUUAAGAAAUGUCUUGAUAGAUAAUAAUCAACAAGUUAUGGUAAGACAUGAAGCAGCUGAAGCUUUAGGAGCAUUGGGUGAUAAAGAUUCUUUGGAGUUAUUAAAAGACUAUUUUAAAAAUGACCCUUCCUUGGAAAUCAGACAAACUUGUGAAUUAGCUAUAGAAAGAAUUAAAUGGGAGAAUUCCGAAUCUUCUAAAAAUGAAAUUUUAGAACAAUCCUUAUAUGAAAGUAUUGAUCCUGCUCCUCCUUUAGUGACUGAUGAAAGUAAUUCUAAAAUUGAAAAAUUACAAAGUAUACUAAAUGAUCAAGAUAAACCAUUAUUUGAAAGAUAUAGAGCUAUGUUCAGGUUAAGAGAUAUUGGAACUGACGAAGCUUGUUUGGCAUUAGCCUCUGGAUUUGAUGAUCCAAGUGCUUUAUUCAAGCACGAAGUCGCUUACGUUUUUGGACAACUAUGUAAUCCAGUGACAGUUCCUUCAUUAAUUAAAGUAUUGAAAGAUGAAAGAGAAGCAGGUAUGGUUAGACAUGAAGCUGCUGAAGCUUUAGGUAGUAUUGCAACUGAUGAGUGCUUACCUGUAUUGAGAUCUUUCUUGAAUGAUGAAGAGCAAGUCGUCAGAGAUUCCGCAAUUGUUGCUUUAGAUAUGUAUGAAUAUGAAAAGUCUAAUGAGCUAGAGUAUGCAACUGUUAAAUAG